UGAUAAUCAGGAAAUUGGUUCAUCGUCCUAAAAGGAACACAUGCAAUAACACUAAAUAAAUAUUUAGUAUGCAAUGUGAAUAUUUGUACUCAAUUUUUUUUUUUUAUUAUUUAAAAGUCUGACGUUUCUCAUUUAUCUUUUGAUGAUGUUAGUGUCGACUCAAUAUCAAGUAGCCUAAAUUCCUUACAAUUAUAUAUUUAAUUUAGUGGGGUUUUUUUUUUUUUUAUUAUAAAUUAUUAUUUGUUGUUGUUGUUGUUGUUUGAUGGUGAUUUUUUUUUUGGAGGGGUGAGUACGUUUUAAGGGUUAUUGUUUAUUUAUUUAUUAUUAUUAAUAAUCAUCUUCAUCAUCAUUAUUUUAAAAUUAAUAUAUGUAAGACUCCAUUAGUUACCUGUAAAUCCAAUUACUUAUGCUUUCAAGUUUCUCGAUCUCUCCCGCAAUCUAAGUUACAACACUUGUGACCUUUCAUUAUUUACAAGCACACCCGACAGGUUCGAGACUAAAUCGAAAAGGACUAUAAUCAGUGGACCGCUCACCUUGUACGGGUAUCGGACAGCUUUAUUGAUGUUGUCAAAGUGUGCCAGUGUUUGGGAUGGAACCAGUGCGGAGCUUGUCGCCAAUAUCAGAGAUGUGAAAAACAUACUGAUUUUUACUUCAACGGCUAUGACAUUUGACAGACUUAUUUUUUGGUUUACUUUUUAGUGUAGGAUUUAGAAAACGGCAACGAUGUCGGGAGAAUCAGUGAAGGUCGCUGUGAGGGUUCGACCCUUUAAUCAAAGGGAGAUUGACCGGAAAGCAAAGCUGAUAAUCAAAAUGACAAAUCAAAUGACUAUGAUAUCCAACCCGGAUGCACCAAAUGAAGAACCCAAAAAGUUUUCAUUUGAUUACUCGUACUGGUCUCACGACGGAUUUACAACAACUCCAGAAGGAAUUCUGGAACCGGUGCCUGGCACAAACUAUGCUAAUCAACGCACAGUCUUUAACGACCUGGGCAAUGGGGUGCUCAAGAAUGCUUUUGAAGGUUACAAUUGUUCCCUGUUUGCCUAUGGACAAACGGGUUCAGGAAAAUCUUUCUCCAUGGUUGGCUAUGGACCAAACAAAGGUAUUGUUCCAAUCACGUGUGAUGAGUUGUUCAAAACGAUCGAGAGUAACACGGACCCCAACAAGCGGUUUGAGGUGACGUUUUCCAUGUUAGAGAUCUACAACGAGCAGGUGCGGGAUCUGCUUACCAAAGACAAUCCCAAGGGUGGUUUACAGGUUCGACAGAAUCCAAAACUCGGAAUGUUUUAUGUGGAAAAUCUUAAAAAGGUUCCCGUCGGUAGCUAUGAAGAAAUUGAGAAGAGGACAGAACAAGGAACGGCCAGUAGGACGGUGGCGUCCACUCAGAUGAAUGCGACGAGCAGUCGCGCCCACACCGUCGUCACGAUCACGUUUGACCAGAUCAUCAAGCAAGAGAACGGAGAAACCAAGAAAUCAAGUACCAUGAAUCUGGUGGAUUUAGCAGGCUCUGAGCGAGCAGACAGUACAGGAGCCACAGGAGACAGAUUGAAAGAAGGAGCCAAUAUCAACAAGUCAUUAUCAGCCCUCGGCAACGUCAUAUCGGCGCUUGCUGAUCUGUCAAUGGGGAAGAAGAAAGUGAUGGUUCCUUACAGAGAUUCGGCGCUCACUAAACUACUGCAGAAUGCUUUAGGAGGAAACAGUAAAACAAUCAUGAUAGCUGCACUGUCCCCCGCGGACAUCAACUACGAUGAAACACUGUCGACACUUCGGUACGCAGACCGUGCCAAGAAGAUCAGAAAUCAAGCUGUGAUCAACGAGAAUCCACUCGACAAGCUGAUCAGAGAACUCAAGGAAGAAAAUGAUAAACUAAGGAAAGCUUUGGAAGGUGGAGGAAUGAUCAGCAACGAAGCAGGCCUCUCCCCAGAAGAUAUGCAGAAAAUGAGAAAAGAAAUGGAAGAACAGAUUCGCAGCCAACUUUUAGCCAAUCAACAGAUGUUGAAUGAAAAUGUGCAGAGCUGGGAUGAAAAGCUGUCUGCUGCGAGAACCGAGACAAAUGCCAUAGCUCAGGAGGAAUCAAAGGAGGUGAAGAAACGGAAGACUGUUCCACAUCUGAAGAACCUCAACGAAGACCCGAUGUUAUCUGGUGUCAUAUUCCACUUCCUCGAUACCAAGGAGACAGCCGUCGGCAGGAAGGAUGCAACCCCACUACCCAGUAUAUGUCUCAGUGGUCUCAGUAUCCAGAAACAGCACUGCAAGUUAUACAACAACAAGGGGGUGAUAGAGAUCGAGCCGGUUGGGGGAUCGUCUGCGAAAACCAAAGUGAACGGGAUGCCGCUAGUCGCACGCAGGAUUCUCACAAACAAAGACAGGGUUUUGUUCGGCUCGAAUCACCUGUAUGUGUACAUCAACCCCACGAAGGACGAUGCCCCUAAGGACCUGCCCAAGGAGAUCACGUGGGAGUUUGCUCAGAAGGAAAUAGCCCAGGCCAAAGGUUUCGCUACUGGGUCCUCUGAGAUGUCAAAAGAACAGCAAAUAGCUCAGGAACAGAUUUUGGAAAUCUUGCCAAUGGUGUCAGAAGUGAAUGCAGUUUCUGAAGAAUUAAAUAAAUACAAAUCAUUUGAGGUGGUAUUAAUAUCUGCUGCUGCACAGGAGGGCCUUGCUCCGACCAAGACUACGAGUUUCUUUGGGAGAAAGAAAAAAAAUGAGGAAUCCAGAGUAAUGGUUAAGAUGAAGGACCUGCGGAACGGUAAUACCUGGCUGUGGGAACGAGGCAAGUUUAUGAACAGGAGAUACAUGAUUCAGGAAAUGUAUCAGAAAUAUCUUGACGGGGAAGACGUCCUGUCCAUCCAGAAGGAGGCCGACCCGUUCUGGGAGCCCAUAGAGGAUAUGCUGAUCGGGACGGCCAACGCGUUCCUGCAGUCUCUGUCGUACGCACUUGACUUCGACGACAAACUGACCAUCACCGACUACAAGGCCCAGGAGGAGGGCUUCCUCUACAUCAACAUCGCACCCUGCACUGCCAGUGGGAAGCCACUUGAUGAGGACUACUUUGUCGAGAAUGCCAACGAACUGAAGGGAAAGCCUUUCCAUUUUAAGAUAACGAUCCGCAGUGCUGACGUGCACAAGGUGCGCUUCUCGAAGGGUCUGAAGGUGAAGUACCGGGUGUACAAAGAAGACCAGCUGACAGAGACGAAGCUGGUUACGGGGACAAUGACCCCGGAGUUCAACCACUCGCGGGUCAUCGCAUUCUCAAAGGUCACCCAGGAGCACCUCGAGUGGUUUGAGACGGGCUCCAUCACGUUCCUCAUGUACGCCAAGCAGGAGGACUCGGACGGUGAUCCCAAACUGCAGAAACUAACAACACGGGAGCUUCGACAGAUGGAUCAGAUUGGUAACGUGGCUGCGAGUGGGCGACGAGGGACGAUAUUUGGAAGUGAGGCUAUCAUGGCACCAGAAAACAAUGCUCAUGUGAAGACAGAACUUGUCGUGCUCCAGAGGAAAUAUGAAAGACUAGCUCAAAAGGAGAAGAGGAUGCAGCAAGUCUGUGAGGAAUGGAGUAAGAAACCACCCGAGGAGCAGCAGUUUGACGCGUUUUUCCGCACCGUUUCGGCCGUGGCAAACAGCUCAGGAACCAGACUGAAAACCAGAGUCCAGCUGCUGAACAAGGAUUCUCGGAACGGUCACGGCGAUGACGACACGAUUAGCUUGUUUGUUUUUGGCGAGGAUGAGUCCGAAUUGGCGGCGGCCGCAGACGAGAAUAACGGAUUUGUCAGUUACGACAAGGUGUCCAAGCACCAUUUUGAAUACGAAAAAUUCCCAAACCAGAGAUUUGGCCAAGUCAAUCGUAGUUCAAGCUACGAUGAGGAUUCUCUCGCCUCAGUUGACCUCGCUCCCUUCAUGGCCUCUGAGCAGGAAAACGGGGUCGACAGUAGCGUAGGGACCCACAAGUCUCGCGCUAAGCUUAAAAAUGGCUAUAAAACCGGACCGACCCAGAAAAGGUCAAGAAGCUUAGGAAACGACAAAAAUGGUGUUAACUCAAGCGGCAAGGUAACCGAGGACAACGGGAAGGAAAAAGAUGGCAGCUCAGCCUGUUCCCUACAGUGACGAAAUCGCAAAAUGAAAAAAACAAACGAAUUGCAACAUAAAAAGCAGGUUUUCAGGUGGAAAAUGCUCUUUGUCGAAAGUAUAAUAAACAACAAAUUAAACAUAGUCUGCUCUGAACCAAAUCUCUGGCGAGAGAUUGUGGCCAGGGUGGACAUACUUGAACAUUUAAUGGAUAUGAGCAUGUGAAAUACAUUGUAUAUUUGGAUUUGGAUACAUGUAUGUUAAACACAGAUAUUAUGUAAUAUACAGAUUACUCAGAGCUUUUCUUACAUUGUGUGGUUGUUAUGGUAAUACAAAUAACAAAUAUGCAUGUUUACUCAAAUUUAAUUUUUGUCUGUAAAAUAUCCAGAUAUUUCCCCCGAAAUUUAUAUAUAUAUAUAUAUAUAUAGCUUUUUACUUUAUUUUCAAAUAUUUAUAUCUUUCCAUGCUAUUUAUCUCAGAUGGAAAUUUGUCUUUUUGUAAUCAAUAAAUGUGACACUUAAUUGUCAUACAAUUUUUGAAAAACUAAACCAUUUUUGGAUAUUGGCUGUGAUAUAUUUUAAAGCCGCAGACCCUAGUCUCAGUUUGUGAAAAUGAACACUAAGUUUGGAAAAUCUACAAACCUGCAACACAUUUGGCUAAAGUUACAAUAUAGUGAAAGAAGAGUGUGUAAUGUUCAAACAGGGAAAUACCUUUAAAAUAAAUAUACUAUAGCUUGUCUUCGUAAACAUUACUUCUUAAGAGGUCUGUGCAUUUGUAAAAAAAACAAAAACAAGAAAGAAGCAUUUCAUGGUGUUAAAAAAACAUCAGGAUAGCCAGAAACAGUUAGGAUGUAGUGAAAUGGAUAAUCUAAACAAUAAGAUAUAAGUAAGUCAUGUCUGUUUUCAGUUAUCAGUAACGGAUCCAAUACUGAAAGGUACACCGUAGUGUUUAAAAUUUAGGGUCUGUCCCUUUAAUAUCUACAAUAUUCAGAUAUGGACAUAAAAAGUUGUAUUAUUAUAUCAAAAUUAUAUUACCAGAUUGUUAAUAACUUUGCUUUCCCACUGAAACCCUAUUUAUGUAUAUGUUUCUGAAUUGUUGCAUGGGUAGUGUCCCUGCUGUUGGUGGCCUUGAACUACAUAUAGUUCUCUUUGAUGUACAUAUGAAGUCGAAACACAUCUGUGAUCUUGUGAGACAGUACAGUGCACGACUGAACACUAAAACAAACCAGCCACUCGUGGUUGGUUUCUUAUAGUCAAAACAUCUGUGAUCUUCUGAGACAGUACAGUACACAACUCAACACUAAAACCAACCAACCACCUGUGGUUGGUUUCUUAUAGUCAACACAUCUGUGAUCUUGUGAGACAGUACAGUACACGACUCAACACUAAAACCAACUGGCCACCCGUGGUUGGUUUCUUAUAGUCAAUACAUCUGUGAUCUUGUGAGACAGUACAGUAUACGACUCAACACUAAAACCAACUGGCCACCCUGUAGUCUGAUGGCUUAACCACUGUGCCAGUGAGCCCAGUCCACCCAUUGGUUGGUUUUAUUGUUGGUUUAUGUACUGUAUGUAGACAUUCUUUAUGGCUUUUGUAUCUUAAUUGUCUUAUUGCUUUUAACUCUCAAAACUGCUGAGUCACACAUUGAGUGAUUACAAUGGCUAUUUAAUAUAUGUUUCUGAUUUUUGAUGUGUAUUAGCUUUAAUAAGGAACACUGCUAGAUGUUGACUGCUGCUCUGUGGACUGAAAUAUCAAAACAAACAUAAACAUGUGUCACUAGGGGAUUUCAGGGUGAGCAAAUGAAAUCCCUUUUAACUCUAUUUUCUUUAUUGCAAAGUUGUUGUUUUUGUUUGUUUGUUUUUUAAAUUAAAUAUUAAUUAUAAACUUUACUAGUUUAUUACAAAAACAAAUCAAGAUGUACAAAAGGGAAAUAACUAAUGUGUCAGUUACAUAUAGUUAUAUUAACAGGUAAAACAAGAUUAUUUUUUUUCUUUUGUGAGUAAAUAGAAACCCGAAACAAAAUAAUUAGAAAGUAAAUGUAUUAAAAUGCUUUAACAGGGCCUGUAUAAAGCUAUUUCUUUUUGAAAAGAAAGAGGAAAAAAUAUGUCCAACAAUUCUGAAAUAUAAACAAGAAGAAAGAAUAAAGAUGAAUUUUUUUCCCCCUUACUAAUCUAGUCACGUUUUGCUCAUUAGUACAUUGAUAUUUUAAUUAUUGUCUUAAUGAGCAAGCAUAAACAUAAAUAAAAUGUUUUUGUUUAAAAUACUGCAACUCAUCUUGCAGUGCCUUGCAUUUAAAAAAUAUUUUCAGCACCAAAUAUAUUAUUUUCAUUAGAAAAAUCCUGACGAUGUCAACAUUUAGUUGUGGAAACUGAGAUUUUAAACUUGUGGUUCUAAACAGAGAUUUUACUUUUAUUUUAAAAAUCCAUAUUGGGAUUGGUACGUGCUGAUAUUAACUGAUCUGUUUCUCUUACGACUCCUUUAUAUUCAGAACAUAACCAUACUGUAUUCAGCAGAUGAAUUGAGUAUACACAUAUGAGAGGUAUCAGCAGAGCAAAACGUUAUUUGAAACUUUCUGUUCAGCAGUCUGCACGUGUGUGGGCGAUUUUGCCGAGUUUUUGCCUCACAUGGUCAUAAGGAAAAUAUCUUAUUGCAUUUGAUAUUUCUGGCUAUGUGUAGCAAGAAUCUCACCAUGUGUAAGCUACCUGAGUUGUCAGCUCACCUGACUUUUAAUACCAACUGACCAAUAGAAACAUGAAAAUUUGUCAUACAUUAGAGUGACGUCAUUGUGACCGUCGUAAGCAGUCUAGCUCAACAUUUAGCUGAUCAUAUGCAGUGAAAUUUCUGUGAGUCAGCUGAGCAAAGUCUCAAGUAAUAUUUUACUCAGCUGAUAGCUCAUGUGUAUUUAGGAUAAUCAAGAACACCCAUAGAACCGAACAUCUUAGGAAGAAAUUUCAAUUAUACAAUGGGGUUUUUUUUUUUUGUUGUUUUU